AUGAAGACAAUAGUCUAUGAUCAUCAAUCAAAAUUGGCUCGCGGCGGAAAGAUGUCGAUGUCAGCUAUACCAUAUAAAUUGACAACUGUUGAAGUAGUUAAAGGCGAUUAUCUUGCUGCUUAUGAUCAUUUAGUUAAGAGUGAUAAACGACCACUUCUUCUGAACAUGGCUAGUGCAACAACACCAGGUAGUGGAUAUCGAACAGGCCAUGAAGGUCAUGAAGAAAAUCUAUUUCGACGAUCAGAUUACUUUCGAAGUCUUGAUAUAGAAGUGGAUGAAUACCAGGAACAACAGUCCGACCGAUUUUAUUGUACGUCCGAUUAUCAAUUGAAUCCUAUAGACAAUCAAAAACGCAUCUAUCCUAUGGAUGAAUUUGGUGCUAUUUAUACAUCAGGUGUAACUAUUUUUCGUCAACUAGAAGAUAAUGGCUAUGCUUAUAUGGAAAAACCAUUAGAAAAUGUUUGUAUAUUAGCAAUGGCUGCCUAUGAAGAUCCUCAAUUACAAGACAAUAUGUUAGCAAAGAAAUAUGCAGUUGGAAUGAGAAAAAAAAUUGAAAAUAUAUUUGCUAUUGCUUAUCAUAAUAAACAUGAUUCUCUUGUAUUAUCUACUUUUGGUUGUGGUACUGACAGAAAUCUAGCGGAUCGUAUUGUUAAAUUAUUUUCUUCUGUUAUUGAACAAUAUGCAGGUUUUUUUAAAACGAUUAUAUUUGUCAUUCCUGAUGAUUAUAGUAUAGAUCAUAAUUCAAAUUUAAAAGAAAAUUUUCGAAUAUUUCAAGCAAUUGACGGAACAGUAGAAUCUAUCAAGCCAAUUAAUAAACCAAAUGUCAUAUUUGGCCCUUAUCGAAUAUUAUCCGAAGAUGGAACAGUCAGUGACAUUUGCAUAUGUGAUAAACAUCCAUGCCAAUUCGGAGCUACAUGUAGUGGAAUUAAUAAUAAAGAUCAUAUACAGGAAUUUUCACAUCCACCUUUAUGUAUGAAAGCUUGUGUUACUGGUAAAUGUGAUCUAACAACGAAUCCUGUUCAUAUGUAUUUUUCUAUUCAUCAAAAACAAUGUCCGGAUGGUGGUGAAUGUCAACAGAUCAAUAAUGAAAAACAUCGUCAAGAAUUUGAACAUCCAUCAUAUUGUCCAUCGGGAGGUACUUGUGAAAACAUGAGUGAAAAGCAUCUUAAAGAUUAUCGUCAUUUACCUUUAUGUAAGGAUUCACAUAAAUGUAAUGAUUUUCGAAGGAAGAUUAAACCGCAUUGUAAUGCUUAUCGUCAUUGUGCACUUCAUUGUCAAUACAAAUACUAUUGUGCUGAUUUUCAUGAUAGAAAACAUAUGCGCGAACUUCAACAUCCAUUUGCUCCACCUUGUCCAUUUACUCCUUAUCAUUGUCAAUUCUAUAUUGAACUAACUCAAUCAUCAGAAACUCAAAGACCUUCUCAAACUGCUGAACAACAUUGUCUUGAUUAUUCACAUGUGUGUCGUUUUGGUCGUAAUUGUGUGGAUACAAAUGCUGUACAUAUGGAAAAAUCCAUUCAUGUAGCACGUUGUAUUUGCUCACAUGGUGACACAUGUUUAAAACUUAAUCAAGAAGAACAUUUAAAUUCAUAUACGCAUCCGAACAUUCUCGAUAUUCGACGUCUCUGUAAACAUUCUGAUAAAUGUCAUGAUCGUCAACGACCCGAACAUAUUAUCAAAUUUCGUCAUGAUGUUCAUCUCGAUGAUACUGGCGUUGUUGGACAUUUUCAUUUAAAUAAAGAUACUGAUUUUGUGCGUAAUCAAGCAGAGAGUAUUGCACGUGUUAAGACCUUUAUUGAAAACCAAAAAUGGGAAUCAUUACCACCAGAUACUAUCCCGCGUGAAAUUCUCGAUUGGGUUCGUACCGUUCAACCUGUCCAUCGGUGUAAUCCGGUUAUAUUCGAAUCAAUUAUUCUUCAUGGACAUGUUAUGAGUCGAUCCUAUAUGGACAAUUUAAAAAAACCUUACUUUGUAGCCAAAUCUGUUUUACAACAUAGUCGCAUACGACUUAUCAAUGAUUUACAUAUUCCAACAAUAAAACAACAAGCUGUAGAAUAUAUAACGGCUUUGGUCAAAGAUGAAUUUGAGAAAAGUGGAGUUCCAAAGCUCGGUCAGACAACAACUCCUACCACAGGUACGACCAAUCGAACGUUUCUUCUAACUACUUCGUCAUCUCUUGGGGAUGAAAUUAAGAAAAAAGAAAAUUUUAUCUCAGCUUCAAUUCCUGCGAAAGACAUGGAUGCUCUACGAAGAACAGCAAUUGAAAUUGCACAAGCUUCUAUUAAACUUUAUUCGAAUCCAGCUGGUAUUGGUUAUGAAGUAGAUACUAAAUUGGGAACAGAUAAAACUAUUUUUAGUGUCCUCGGACCGCAUCUGGGGCAUUACUAUGGAGAUGUAGUUAUAAUUUUCAAACGUGAAAUUUUACAUCAUCCCGAUGCAAAUUUCUCUAUUCAAGCAGCGACUUCAUUUGCUAGUGGAAAAGCUUAUAGUUGGCGUCCAUGGUUAGGUACUGAUCCUGCUUCUGAGGAUGAAAGAAUCAAAUUAUUUCAUCAUUCGAAAUUGCAUGCAUCUGUUCCGGGUUAUGAUAUUGUAGCUGCUUUAGAAUUAAUGGCAAUUACAAGUAGUGUUUUAAAUAAGAAAUCGAUGAAUAUCGAUCUCAACACAAUCAUUGAACGUUGGACUAAAGUGGAUUCACAUCAAACUAUUGAAGCUCAUUUACCUCAACUUAUUCCACUUGAUUAUAUUGAACAUAUUUAUAUGCCAAAGAAUAUAUAUGAAAACUUUAAUCAAGCAACACUUAAAUCAAUCAAUGCGGUUUUUCGAAAUCGUAUGACGAUCACUGAACAUGAAGGUGAAACCGAUCAAGCCAAAUGGGAAUUCGGUCCAACACCUCCAACAGAACUACGAGCUGAAUAUCAAGAUUUUGUUGUCAAAGAAUUGAUCAAACGAUUCUGCAAUCGUACCGAAAAUUCUCUAUCAAGACCUAUUAAAGGUGCUGCAAUAACUAUAUCACCAAGUGAUUUUCGAGAUCAUUGCGUUUUGCCUUUGACAAUUUCUCAGGCUUAUAAACAAUAUUGCAUUGAUUAUGUACCAUCGUCAACAGACGACACUAUAUAUAUCUAUUGGCAAGUGUUGAAAGGUGAUAUGAUGUUGACAUUAUCAAACGAACGCAUCGAUUUGAGUCAAGGACAAUCAAAUCUUAGCUGUUUAGUUUGUUACGUUGCUCAAACUCCAGAACCAAGUAGUUCUCACUAUCAUGAGCAAGCGUCAUAUUUAAAUAAAGGUACACCAUUUCAACAUGACAAGAUCAUACAAAAACAUACAUAUGCUGCUAGUUCAGAUACAUUUUAUAUUGGAUGCAAUACGGGUGAUUUUCUUACUUUUUGUCUUGAAAUUCAACGUUCAACUGGAAAAGUGACUCUGUCACAUGCUGGUUCGAAUUUAAUUUAUAAUCGAGAAAUAAUUACUCAUACAUUCGAUAAAUCAGAACUUGAUUUAAGUAAAUUAGAAUUUGUUCAUGUUAGUGCUGGUAAACGUAUAGCACCAAUUCGAAAUUUGAUGAUUUGGUUUGAUAAACAACCUGAUCUACAUCCAACACCUGAUAAACAAUUUAAGAUAGAUUCUAGUCCGGCCGAUGUUGGUGAUCAAGAUUCACCUCUAAUUCCGUGUCCUGAUAACGUCAACUGCCUUCUUCAAUUAUCAGCCAAUGAAACAACUCAUAAUUCCAAAUAUUCACAUCCAUGUCGUUUCUCUGAACUCUGUCGAAAUCAUGAGCCAUAUUUAACACAUGAACCUCAUCAAGUACCUAGUUGUCAAUAUGAUGAUAAGUGUGACAAACUAGUUGAUCCAAUUCAUCGAGCAUCUUAUCGUCAUACAGGCUGGCCUGACUUUCUGAUACCAUGUCGGUUUAAACAGGAAUGCCACGAUAGAUCAGACAAACAUCGUAUCAGAUAUUCACAUGGUGAACUCGUUUACAAUAUAUCAGACAACUCAACAAUUCCUUGUAAAUGGGGUUUAACCUGCCGGGAACUUGGAAAUCAACAACAUUGUGAGAAAUAUUCUCAUUCUUCUAAACCACAACAUCAUCAUGAGCAGAUUCCUUGUAAAUGGGGUUCGGCCUGUUGGGAAAUCGGAAACCAACAACAUUGUGAAAAAUAUUCUCAUUCUUCUAAAUCAGAACAUCAUCAUGCACAGAUUCCUUGUAAAUGGGGCUCGCAAUGUAGAACGAUGAAUGAUCCAAAUCAUGUAAAAAGAUAUUCUCAUCCUGAAGCGGAUACGACGAGUUCAUGA